AUUUGCACGCUAUUAUAAAACUAGGUGAAGGUAAAAUUCGUUUGAGUAAACACAUUGGAAACUUUAGUAUAAAGGUGGAGUGUAGCUUUCUUUCUUAGCUACGCAGUACAUAAUUUGCAGCAAGUGAAAUAAGACUUGAACGAAAGUUUUCAAGAAAUGGAUAAAAUUAAACUUGUCAGUAUCAUGAUUACAAUUUUUGUUAAUGGAAUGAAUUGUGACACUGACUGUGAUUGUAAAACUAUAAAGGAGCUUCAAGAAUUUAUGCAGAAAGAGAUUUUUCAAAAUAAGUUCGAGAUUUCUAAAAUGAAUUCACGGCUGAGGAGAUUAGAAAGUUCAAAGAGGCAUUUGACAGGAGUAGAUAACAAGGCAUCAAGUCAAGAACCUGACGGGCAAUCAACACCUGGUGAUCAAGAUAGAUACAAUCAAGAUUUAGUUAGAAUUUAUUCGUUAGAAGAUAAAGUAACAAGUAUUGCAUCCCUCUUGAAAAUAAACGAUGUGAUUAGUACAAACGUUACUCAAGCCACUGAAAGAUCUGGAGUUUUAGACCAGAUUGAAACAAAACUUUCGAUACUUUCUCUUCAAGUUCAAGAUUUAAAGAAAAGUGAUGCCGACAAACAUUUGUUAGGGACGAUUGUGAAGAAAACAUUAUCAACAGAAAAGCGGAACCAGAAAAAAGUUUGUGACGCUGUUGAAAAAAUCAGUUGAAAACGUCAACAAUUCUAUUAGUGAAAUCAGGACAGAAACAGAAAGCAUAAUGGAAAAAUAUAAUGAAACGUUUAUCAAAAGAUGUGACAAGACUAUUGAGGCGAUGAAGGAAGUUACGAUUAAUAUUAACCAAACAAUUAAUGAAGAAAUUAACAUCAUAACCGAGUCUUUACAUGAUCUAAAGGAGGAAUUGUCUGAUGCAAAUAGAAAAGUGUCUUCCCUGUUAGAUGGUGACUGGUCAAGUUGGGAAAACUGGGGUCCAUGUAGUGCCAGUUGUGGAGGUGGAAUUCAAAGUCGGCAUAGAACAUGUUCUAACCCAAGACCAUCUUUAUUAGGAAGAUAUUGUGACAGAAGUCCGGACGAAACAAGAACUUGUAACAAACGACGCCGGUGUGCAUUGGGAUAUUAUGGAACUAGAUUCAUAUUUGGUUAUAUGAAAAAUUUUGAAUCGAAUAGUUCUCCUACAUUCUAUGUCAUCUGUGCACAAGGUGAGGCCAUCGUCAGAAUUUCCAUUCCGGAUCUUUCCAUUGAUGAAGAAGUUUCAACUGUUGGCGGAGUACUUAAAAAACAGUAUACAAACAGGCUUUUUUCUUCUUCUUCUGGAAAUAUUUCAUCAAAGGCCGUUCUUGUAACAACAAAUACUCCGGUCGUCAUUUUUAGCGGAAAUUUUGGAGAAGCAGGAGCUUCUUCUGACGGCAGUUUCAUAUUACCGGAGUCUUCUCUCGGAAGUACUUAUCUGAUUUCUGGCCAUCCAUCAACGGCUUUUGGUUUAGACGAAUUUCUUGUUGUUGGAACUUCAGAUACUCAAGUCACUUUCACAUCAAUUUCAGGCUUUUCAGAAACGUUUGCUUUGAAAAGAAUGCAGACAUAUUAUAAAAUGGCCUCUGAUAUGUCAGGUACAAUGAUAAGCGCCAGUGCACCGUUGUUUUUGCUGUCUGGACAUUCAUGUGCGAACAUUCCCGACAUUUCUGUAAAGUACUGUGACUACAUUGAAGCCGCCAUGCCACCAAUAAAUGCGCUAGGUUCUAUCCAUAUUAUAAGCUUUAUGAAGCCUCGUCCUGAUUUCACAGUCAGCAUUGUUGCACCUUUCAAUCAAACGUCAGUAACUAUAACAGAUAAAGUUGGAAACCAAAUCGAGAUUUUGUCUUUAAAUGAAAGAAAUACCGCGUUCAGAACGUAUACAGGCUCUUCAACUAUUUCUGUCCUUACAGAUUUGCCGGUUCUGGUGACCUUAUAUGGCCAUGGUGGGUCCAAAUUAGGGUUUGGAGAUCCCUCGAUGAUGAUUGUUCCGGACAUCACUUUCUUCGGCCACGUGUAUGAUUUUUUCGUGCCUACAGAUUUUGAAAGUUCUUUGCAAGUUAUUAUAUCUGACACAUAUCCAGUGUCAGGAUUGCUGCUGAAUGGCAAACCAAUAUCACCAACAGAGACUAUAGUUACAACAGUUCCAAAACACGGCACGUUCACAGUGGUAUAUGCCGAUGUUGUAUCGGGUAAAUAUCGAGUAACUCACUCUCUGGCAAACGCAGUCUCGUUUGGAGCAUGGUUGUACGGUCGGACAUAUAAACAAGAAUAUGCUACAAAUCUUGGAAUUAAUGUUUGAUUUAAGGAUGAGGGAACAUUAUAACACGAUUACCGCUAUUGUUUAAAAUUUUCGCUUUCUUAUCAUGAUGGAAUUUCUUUUUUACCGUUUUGUUGCAAUGCAGGAAAAGAUAACAUAUUAACCAUAUAUACAUGCGAUUGUGAGAGGAUACAAAAUAUGUCCAUAUAUAUUUUUAUACUCACAGAAGACAUAUCAUAUUCAAAUUGUCCCUUUCAUAACUAGCAUCUUACUUUCGAAAUAACUUUUUUUCAUGCGAAAUAAAACGUUUCUCAUCGCAAUAAAUUUCAGAAUUUCUUACUAAAGGUGUUUGCAAAUUGGUAACACUUGGACGUCAUGCUUAUGAAGGCAUCUUCCAUAUUGUAUAUUUAUAAAUACUAAUAAAAAGUUCCAGUUGUUUCAUAUAUAACGGCAUUGUUUUAAUAAAUAUUUCAAUUUUCACUUACAGUACUUCAAAUUCUUUUCAUAAGUCAUGUUCAUAAUAAUAUUCUGAUAAAUAUAAAAUGUAUUUCCACUAAACCAGCAGGGGUAGAGUGCUCGUCUAUCAAAAGGUAGACCUGUAUUCAAUCCCUGUCCUUUACUUUGAUAACUGUCCUAAUUGUCGAGAAUGCUGUCAUCGGAGAGCUCUGAUUUGCUUAUUUCCAAAUGUAUGCCCCUUUUUAUAUUCAAUGAAAUACAUAGUUUACUUUUUGCUUGUAAACUGGUAUCUCCCUAACUACUGAAGGGAAUAGAAUGAAACUUAACAUACAUUUUCACUGUGAUUUUUUUAAUAAGAAUGGCACAGGUCCAAUAAUUCUGAUUUACUUAUUCACAUAUUUAUGCCCCUUUUUAUACUCAAUGAAACAUCCUUGUCACAACUCUAUCGAAUAGUCGAGCAUUGCUGUCCUCCGACAGCUCUUGUUCAUUUCAUUAGGCAAUAAACUCAUGAUGGUGUUACAUGCAUGGCAUAAUUUAUCAUGGCAAACAAUAACAGUCACUUAAACGUUUGGAGAAUUUCGGACAAAACAUUUAUUGCUUACAUUUGAAUAUAUGUAUGACAUGUCUAAAAAUGAUCUCCCUAAAGAAAUGCUUACGUGCGCUAUGCGCAGAUUCUGUUGAUAUCUUCUUUUUCUUUUCUUUUUUAUAAUUUUACCAUUAUUUAAGGCAGUAGUAAUGGUCUCGAUAAUUACCUUUCGCAAAAUUCAAGAUCAAUAAUUAAUGUACAUGUAUCAUAAAUACUAUAGGAACUGAACACAAAGUACUUCCGAUUGUUUAACAAAACUUUAAUGUUAUGAUAAAAAAUCAACAUGACCAAUGCGCUAUAUGUGUUUAGCGGUAUGAUGAUGUAUCAAAUAAAACCAUUUAUAACCUAAUUGUACAGAGUAAACAACAACAAGAAUCUGAUUUUAUAGACUUGUUGUUGGUCAGAAAAACAAAGCGUUGAAUGAACACAUUUUAACCUUUUACCACAUAACAUAUUGUGAAAAAUGGCCUUUUUCAUUGAAAAGCCUCCUGUUACAAGUUUAAACUGCUGUAAAACUAUGAAAAAAGCUUCAAUAUUGAUGAAUCAUUAUUUUGCAAUGUUUUUCAAAGUGCUGCAACUUCUUAAUGCAUUGAGAUAGAUAAAAAGGCUUUUCAGCGUUGGUUACACGUUGCUUUAGGAUCAACUUGAGGUCAUUUUCAGCCUUUCACAUGUCCAAAAUUUUCUUGGCGA